CGCAUAUAAGAUUGCUCACAUAUUUCUUAGCCUUCCAAACAUUAACUUACUUGUUUCCAACGAACCAGUAGUUUUGAUGAGCUCGUUGUGUAAAGAAGUUAUUUGUUGCCUGUUUUAGCAUUCGAUCCAGCAUGCAGUUUUCGGUGGCAAUACUCAUUUUCGUGACAUUUUCUGUAGGACUGGUACAAUGCGACGUAUCGCACGUACUGAGUGGAAUCGUCGUAGAAGAGGAAAUUUCCACCCUUCCGCCGCCACCCAGGCCUUACGCCUUCAGCUAUGCAGCAGGGCGUAGCCCAGGGCAUGUCGAUCGCACCCACAGUGAAGUUUCUGAUGGCAGCGGUACUGUCCAAGGAUCUUUCUCCUACGUGGAUCCCAGGAAUCAGGUGCGAACCGUAGAAUACGUCGCAAACGCCCAUGGAUUCUAUCCUCAGCUGAGUCAUCCGCAACUGGCUCCUCAGCAAACAAAAGCCGUCGAACUAGCUUCACAGAGACAUUAUGCGUUGUACAAUAAGAUUGCUGAGGAGCGUGCUAAUCCUCAUAUUCAACCGGUUGAAUCAACACUUCCUAAAGAUACGGUUGCUGUCUCCAAGGCUAAGGAUAGGCACUUUACGCUAUAUGAAAAGAUCGCCAGAGAACAUGCAGCGAUUGCAGCAGAACGUGAAGCAGAACGGCUCGCAUUUGAAGCGACGUCUGAAGCUAAUGAAUUGCACUAGAUAUUACGCACGAAAAAUUAAACCGGUGUCCGAUAUAUAAAAUAAUAUAAUACUUCAAGAAUUACGAUUUUA